CAACGAGGCUCGAAGCGGUGAGCCCAUGGACGGACUCACCUUGCCCCCCUCAUCAUCUACUAAAAUACUUGCUGCUGCUGCUGCUACUGUUGCGGCUGAGGAGAGAGAGAGAGAGAGAGAGAGAGACCAUCGGCCGAUUUCUCCGAGCUUUUUCAUUUUUGCUUUGCUGCCAUCCAUCGAUAAUAUAAAUAUUACAUUAACUUUUAACAUAUAUAAUAUUAUUGUUAUAUUAUUAUAAAUAAGCAUAUAUAAGGUGAGGGGAGGGGAGAGAGAGGGAGAGACGGGGAUUUAGAGGAGUGAGAGAGAGAGAGAGUCUGAGAGAGGAGAUGGAGGGGAAAGCCGAUGAACCGCAGGGGUCGAGCUUGACGAUGGAAAGAGUGGCGGCGGCGAAGCAAUUCAUUGAGAAUCACUACAGGACUCAGAUGAAGCACAUUGAAGAACGAAAGAACAGGCGGCAGGUGUUAGAGAAGAAGUUAGCUUCUUCAGAUGUGCCCAUGGAAGAACAGUUAAACCUGAUCAAGGAUUUAGAACGAAAAGAGACAGAGUUCAUGCGACUUAAAAGGCAUAAAAUAUGUGCUGAUGAUUUCGAGCUUCUGACCAUCAUAGGGAGGGGAGCCUAUGGCGAGGUCAGGUUGUGCCGGGAGAAAAAAUCUGGCAAUAUAUACGCAAUGAAAAAGUUGAAAAAGUCCGAAAUGCUCAGAAGAGGGCAGGUGGAACAUGUCAGAGCUGAGAGGAAUUUGCUGGCAGAAGUUGCCUGCCACUGCAUUGUCAAAUUAUACUACUCGUUCCAAGAUGCAGAAUACUUGUAUUUGGUUAUGGAGUAUCUUCCUGGUGGUGACAUGAUGACUCUGCUAAUGAGAGAAGAUACUUUAACUGAAAAUGUGGCUAGGUUUUAUGUUGCUCAAAGUGUCUUGGCCAUAGAGUCCAUUCACAAACACAACUACAUUCACAGAGAUAUUAAACCUGAUAACCUCCUUCUGGACAAAAAUGGCCACAUGAAGCUCUCAGAUUUUGGUCUUUGCAAACCUCUUGAUUGUAGAACUUUAUCUACAGUGAAAGAAAAUGAAACCAUGGAUGAUGAGAAUUUGAGGGAGCCAAUGGAUAUUGAUGGAUGCAUACCUGAUGCAGACAAUGGAAGUAACUGGAAAAGUCCUCGUGAACAGCUUCAGCACUGGCAGAUUAACAGGAGAAAGUUGGCAUUUUCAACAGUGGGCACACCAGACUAUAUUGCUCCUGAGGUACUAUUGAAGAAGGGAUAUGGCAUGGAGUGUGACUGGUGGUCAUUGGGUGCAAUAAUGUAUGAGAUGCUUGUUGGUUACCCUCCAUUUUACUCUGACGACCCUAUAACAACAUGUAGGAAGAUUGUGCACUGGAGAAAUCACCUCAAAUUUCCUGAACAUGCAAAAUUGACACCUGAGGCCAAGGAUUUAAUCUGUAGGUUGCUAUGUGAUGUUGAACACAGACUGGGAACUGCAGGAGCAAACCAAAUUAAGGCCCAUCCCUGGUUCAAAGAUAUUGUAUGGGAUAAACUUUAUGAAACGGAAGCAGCAUUUAAACCAGAAGUCAAUGGGGAGUUAGAUACCCAGAACUUUAUGAAAUAUGAUGAACUGGAUCCACCUUUACCUGCUCGAACCAGCUCGGGAUCCUCAAGGAAGAUGCUAACACCCAAAGAUUUAAGUUUUGUUGGCUAUACAUACAAGAACUUUGAUGCUGUGAAGGCACUACGCAAUUCACGUGAUGUUACUGGGAGUACAUCACCAAAACGUCCAUCUAUUGAUUCCAUAUUUGGGCAUUCCCAGGAAGGGAGAGCUGAGGAGGAAACAGAUAUACAGAUGGAUGCAUCGAGUGGGGAUGCAAUGCUGCCGUGACCUCAAAAGCCAUUUGGUUGAAACGUAAAAUGCGCAAGGCAGGUGUUGGGUGGUAGCAUAGCCUGAGUUAGUUUUGGGCUGGAAGCUGCCAUGGUCUGGUCUGGGGCUGCAUUUCCUGUUGAGUUGAGGCGUCUGGCUUGCACAAUCGAAAUGUACAGGAGGAAGCUUCAUAAAAUCCCAGUAAUAGGGGAUUUAAUUUGUAGGUUUAAAGUGGCACUUUUAGUUGGGGCCGAAAAAGCUAGUUUAACGGAAGUAGCAGCAGCAGAAGCAGUAGGUGGCGGUUAGGAAGCUGUGUCGGCACCCGAUUUCUGGCUGCCCAGGUUGGCAAUGCCUUCUCUUGUGGCAGUUUCUGGUCAGAAUUUAAUUGGGCGCCAUCUCCAUUCUACUGAUUAUAUGAUACUGCGAGAUAUAUUAAUUAUUAGACUCCUGUCCCGUGAUAUAAGAAACCACCAUAUUUCAAUGUGAGCUUUUUUAAUUGCGUGCAAGAACAACAGAAGCAAUUACUACAUCCCACAAGAAAAUUCAGUCGGUAUUAGCCCCAAACAAAUUGGCCUGCCUUUCCUUUCGCUUUUUGUUAGGGAUUCAGAAUUGUAAAAGCAGCAUUAUAAUUUGGCAAAUUUGAUUCAAUCUG